GCCGCCGAGGGCGACGACCGCGCUGGCCAGCGGCGGCAGUGGGAGCAGGACCGGGCCAGCCUUCGGCAGGAGGCCUUCCGGGAGCAGGCGCGCCUGCGCGAGGCCCGCGACAGGCAGAGGAAGUCGCUGAUCGAGAGCCUGGUCGCCGAGGUGAAGGGCUCCAGUGACAAGGACGACCUGGCCGAGGUCGACAGGCACCCCCGCCCGAGCGACACGGACUCAGACGCGGGCUGGCUGACGAGGCUCGGGGACACUUGCCACGGUCUUCGUGGAGAGUCCCGCCCUCUUACGGCGAGGAGCUCUGGCAGCUGCUUGGUGGACGAAGGGCGGCCAGCGAGCCGCGGCGCCACGGACGCCAAAGCCAACGAGGCCCAGGCCCGCGGCGCUGGGUCCCGCGGCGCGGCCGCGGGCGGCCGCGACGAGGGGCGGCGGCGGGAGCCGCAGGGCCCAUCACGGCGAGGGGAGAGCGACAGCGACGCCUCCGAGUCGUGCUGCUUCGAGUACCCCGCCGGCACGGGAGGCGAGGAUACGGAUGCGUCGGCGAAGCCAGCAUCGAACGGUCACUUUGGUCGUCGAGGCCCGGCCCGCCACGAACGCGCACAGCUGCGGCUCCACAACUGCAGCGGGUCUGGCGCGACGGCGGCUGAGAGUUCUUCGGGCCCUGGCUGGGCGCAGGCGCCCCCGUCUGCGCGGGCCCCAAGCGGCGCCGGGCGCCCUGCCCGCGACCCCGCGGACGGUGGCGCCGCCUCAGGCCCCGCCCGGCGCAGCCCGCGAAGCCACAGCGCCGGGCGCGCCCGCGCCGCGGAGACGCCCCACGCGCGGCCCGCACAAGGACUGCGCAUGCGGCCGCCCUCGGUACCGGCGGCGUGCCCGAGAAGCUCCAGCGAGGUGCUUGCAGCUGCCCUCACCGAUCUCAAGGAGUUGUCGCCCCCUGGCUUCGACAAUGUCGCGGCGGUGGAGGAGUCCGUCCUACGCCUGCUCGCGCUGCGGCGUGAGCUCGCUGGGCGGGCGCCCGGCUGCGCCCUGGGCAAGGCUGCCGGCGGCCUGGCGCCUGGGAUGCUGCAGCUCCUCGAAGCCGCCCGCGGCAUCUGCGAGGAGAACAACAGCAAGUUCCGUUCUCUGUGCGAGGAACGGAACGUGAGCCUGGAGCAGUUCGGGGGCGACGCCAGGUACAUGGAGUCGCAGCUGGGCAUGCUCAGGGGGCUCGAGGAGCGCGUCUCACAGAUCCAGUGUCCGAGCCGACAUGGCAUGCCCGGAGCGGCCAGGCCCUCGCGCGCCGGGGACGCCCGCUCGCCGUCUGGCUCCCCGGAGAUGCACCGAGGCACCACGCCCAGGCCGCUCGACCCUGGGGCCGACGGCCCCCAGCGCCCGAUCCUGCGCUCGGGCACCUCGCCGAGGACCGCUCGCCCCACGGACUCCGCGCCGCAGUCCGCGCGCUCGAGGAGCACCACGGCCGCCGUGGUCAGGCCCAGCGCCAACGCCCCGUGGCAGAUGUCUGCGCAAGAAGGAGGCUCAUUUGGCUGGCCCAGCCAUCUGUCACAUGUUCCAGUGCAUCACGGGACUAGUGCAUACGUUCCCGCCGAACGGUAUUGGCUUGACGAUGUGGGUACCGAUAGGCCUGUGCCGUGGUCUGCGGAGCACGGCGCGCACGUCUGGACCGGCAGUUCCGCGCCGCUCACCGGAGGCCGGCACGGCGCUGGGCCGACCCCGCGGGCGGCGCCGCGGCAGGCGCCCCUGCGCGCGGCGAUGCAGCAGUUGCGCGACGUGUCGCAGGCCACCGCCGCCGCCCACUCCGAGGCGCUGCAGUACGUGCGCGGCAGCUCCCGCGGCCCCGACGCAGGCCACGCGUGGGGGCACGCCGCGCGGCGCGAGCCCGCCGCUGGGGCCCGCGGCACGGCGCCCCGCACGCCGCGGGGCGGGCCGCCGCUGGAGGACAAGUACCUGAAGAUCUUACAGAAUCUGCAGGUCAAGAGCGAGUCGGGCAACAGCGUGGCGUCCCACAUCCUCGAGAGUAGCG